AUGAGAUCUCUGUUUAUUCGACACGUUAAAACUCCGGUUCAGUACGAUUUGGCCAUAAUUGGGGCCGGUCCUGGUGGCUAUGUUUCCGCAAUAAGGGCUGCACAAAAUGGCCUCAAAGUCGUUUGCGUCGAAAAGAGAGCCACUCUAGGUGGAACAUGCCUAAACAUAGGAUGCAUCCCUUCAAAGGCUUUGUUGAACAACUCGCAUUUAUUUGAAAUGGCAUCCAAGGAUUUUAAAUCUCGCGGAAUCGAUCUCUCUUCCCCGCCUCAACUCAAUUUAGCGAACAUGCUCGAGUACAAAGAUAAAGCGGUCAGCCAACUCACUAAAGGAAUUGAAUUUCUAUUCAAGAAAAACAAGGUCGAUUGGAUCAAGGGAACCGGGACGUUUGUCGAUCAAAACUGCAUCUCCAUUAAAGACCCAAAUACGGGAGCAGAUGUUAAUCUCAUCAAAGCGAAAAAUAUUGUAAUAGCGACCGGAUCUACCUCAAUGGAAUUCCCAGGUGUCAAGAUUGAUGAAAAGAAAAUCCUUUCAUCUACAGGUGCGCUUUCGUUGAAAGAGGUCCCUAAAAAAAUGACCGUUAUUGGGGGCGGCAUAAUUGGGCUGGAAUUGGGCUCCGUCUGGUCACGACUUGGCUCUCAAGUUACAGUUGUAGAAUUUCUAGACUCUAUUGGAGCAGGGAUGGAUCGCUCGGUUUCUUCGGCAUUCCAAAAGAUUCUUGCAAAGCAAGAGAUCAGCUUUAAACUUGGGACAAAAGUCACGGAAGUUGUCACACGAUCUGACUCGUCUGUUUCGGUCAAAAUUCAGCCCUCUUCGGGCGGUGCGCACGAAGAGCUCGUCUGCGACACCGUUCUUGUGUCCGUGGGACGUCGCCCAUAUACUGAAGGAUUGGGGCUGUCUUCCAUCAAGCUGGACAACAAAGGUAGAAUUGUCACUGACGGGCAUUUUAGGACCUCGGUCCCUAAUAUCUACGCCAUCGGCGACGUUGUUGCCGGACCUAUGCUUGCACAUAAAGCUGAAGAAGAAGGUAUUUAUGUUGCAGAUUUGAUAUCUGGAAAGCUUGCAAAAAGAGAAGCCAAUCCUCAUCGGAUUGUCAUUCCAAGCGUCGUCUAUACACAUCCAGAAGUUGCCUGGGCUGGUUAUACUGAAGAACAGUUGAAAGCUUCCAACGGCAAAUAUCAUGUUGGAACUUUUCCAUUCCUUGCUAAUUCUCGUGCAAAGGUCAAUAAUGAUUUUGAGGGUUCCAUCAAGGUGAUUGCAUCUCCUGAAGGCCUAAUGUUGGGCUGCCAUAUUAUCGGUCCAAAUGCUGGUGAAAUGAUCAGCGAGGCUGUUAUGGCGAUGCAAAAUUCGAUCUCUAUUUUUCAAAUAGCGAAUACAUGCCAUGCCCAUCCUACGCUUUCAGAGGCGUUUAAAGAGGCCUCAGUAUUUGAAAACAUCUACUAUGGCGAUGGUGACGGUGCUGACGGUGGUGACGGUGGUGACGGUGGUGACGGUGGUGACGAUUGUGCCGAUUGUGCCGAUGGUGACGGCGCUGAAGAUGAUGUCAUAGACUUUUUUAAAAAGGUUUCGGAUGCCUCUUGUAAGGACGAUUUGGAAAUCUGCAAUGCCCCAAGUUUCUGUUCAAUUUCUUUGAUAGAACCUUGA